AUGGUAGUCACUACAGUGGAUAAAUUAGAGCCUCUGUCCCUACGAAAAGAAUGGAUGAACGAUCUCGCUCAAGCCGUUGCGUUUUUAGAGUCCCAUGGUCUUGCCCACGGUGAUCUACGCCCUGAAAGUAUUCUUCUUGAUCGCAACCGACUCAAGCUGUCUGACUUUGAUUGUACGGCGGAAAUUGGAACAAUCUACGAAGCUUGCAUGGCUCCCUACGGCAGGUUACUCAACGGCAAUGAGUCAGACAAUGGGGAGUGUGGAACUUCCGGCUUUCUCGGUCCUCGCACAGAACAGUUCGCCCUCGGAUCCUUGUACUACUUGAUAAACUACGGUUAUGAGGUUUAUGGAGACCGCUAUCUUACGGAAGAUCCUUACGGUCACGGUCCCAAGGUAGUGGACUUACUGCAGAGCAUAAAGUUUCCGGAAUUGAAUGGCUAUUACAUGAUUGACGAUAUUAUUGAUAGAUGUUGGCAUAACAAAUAUGGCACAGUCAGAGAGCUAGCGACGCAUACGAAAACGCUGUUGGGCGACGAGAUAGAUGUGAUGGAAAUAAACGGAGAUAAAAAAGAAAAUGGAAAAAAUACAACCGUCAUCCACACAUCGUUCAUCCAUCGAUGGUGCAUGAUGACGAGUCGCCUAUUUCAUGGCAGUCUCCAUAGUCUCGGGGUGUGGUGGAGAUCCAUCAUGCAGAGCAUCCGCGCCAAAGCAUCAACCGCCGGGCAAAACUAUAGCGACACCCCUGGUGAGGUCGACCAAAGCCGCUCGCAGCAAGAGUUUUUUUUUUCGAAAAAGGCACUCUGCAAGGACUUAGAGGAGCGUGGACUUCUGCAGGUGCUUUCUUCAGACGAGCCUGAGAAGCUUGGUUUCACUUUCAAUUGGUAUAGGUACAUGCUUCCCAUGUGA